CAGGGUCUGUUGGCUAUAGUGCAAAAGAGCGACAAGCGUCUGUUGCCGAAACACCUAGAGCUUUCCCCAGCGGCAAGGUCUGAAUUGGCGCUCCCUCUACUCUCCCCCCGCGACUUCCGGGAGAGAUGAGGUGCGCAUAGCCCAGCUCUCACCGCAGCUCUUACCACAGCUCUUACCGCAGCGGCUAGGCACGCGUCUGCAACGAUUCCCCGUGUGGGGCGUUCCGUUGCUGCUAAGCUGUUGGUCCUCCGGCGUAUUGUCGCCACGCUAGACACAAUGGUGUCAGUACAGUCAGCAGCCACGUUAGUGUCCUCUCGGUUUAGAACACCAUUUGCGGCGGCACCCUACGCUCAAAAUCCGCGUCCGUUCUACACCACAUCCUCGCUAUUGACGAGCAAUUCGACCUCCUCCUCCCGCGCCUCCUCCUCCUCUCCGCUAUCCUCUCCCUUCUCCUCGUCCUUCUUCUUUCCUCGUCGAUUAAACACGUCGCAUGCUAGUCCCAUUCGUACCUCCGCUCGCCGCCAGCCCCCUCCAUGCCACGCGGCAGUCACUGAUAGGUCCAGGCCGGGCUCUGGAGCCGCGGGCAGCGGAGAUGCGUACAGCGCGAAUGGCGCAGCAGCGGGGGGACCGGGCGCGGGGGGAGCCCCGCGGAAGCUGCGCGUGGGGGAGAUGGCGGCGGAUAUGAAACGGAUGCGCGCGCAGAUGGAGGAGGAUGAGCAGGUCGCGUCGCUGAUGCGCGGCUUGCGCGGGCAGAACCUCCGCGACGAGCAGUUCGCCGAUGCUGACGUCACCAUGCGGCUCGUGGAGUUCGACACCGGGAAAGCCGGCGAGGAGGCGCUGCCGCUGGUCUACGACCCGGACUUAAUCGCCACCUACUGGCAGAAGCGGCCCGGCGCGAUCUUCAGCCGAAUCAUGCAGCUGCUCGCUGUAUCGGGGGAUUUCUUAACGAAGGUCGCGGCGGAUAUAGUCACGAAGCGGCUCAAAGAGAACGAGGUGAAGCGCGCGAUGGAGCUAAGAGAAAUAGUGACGUCCUUAGGACCGGCGUAUAUCAAGCUCGGUCAGGCGCUUAGCAUCCGGCCCGAUAUUCUGUCGCCGGCGGCGAUGGUCGAGCUACAGAAACUAUGCGAUAAAGUGCCGUCGUUCGAUAACGAUAUCGCGAUGGCUCUUAUGGAGGAUGAACUCGGCCUGCCCCCGUCGGAAGUUUUUUCGGAGCUCAGCCCGGCUCCGAUCGCAGCAGCGUCGCUCGGGCAGGUUUACAAGGGGAAGCUGAAAACUACUGGGGAGGCCGUCGCGGUGAAAGUUCAGCGGCCGUAUGUGCUGGAGACGGUCACGAUUGAUCUGUACAUCAUCCGACGGCUGGGGUUGGCUCUCCGCGGCAUUCCCCAGAUUGCGACGGACGUGGUUGGAUUGGUCGACGAAUGGGCCGCGCGAUUUUUCGAGGAGCUGGAUUACGUCAAUGAAGCUCGCAACGCGGAGCUUUUCGCCGAGUCGAUGGCGAAAGACCUCCCCCAGGUCGUGGUGCCGAAACCCUUUAUGGAUUACACCUCUCGCCGAGUGCUGGUAACCCAAUGGAUCGACGGCGAAAAGCUUUCGCAGAGCACCGCCGACGACGUGGGCUCGCUAGUCAACGUCGGGGUGAUCUGCUACUUAAAGCAGCUCCUAGACACGGGACUAUUCCACGCCGACCCGCAUCCCGGGAACCUAAUUCGAACGCCGGACGGCAAGCUAUGCGUGCUGGACUUCGGCCUCAUGACGCGAAUCACGGAGGGCCAGAAGUACGGAAUGAUCGAGGCCAUCGCGCAUCUGAUCCACCGCGAUUACCCCGCGAUCGUCGAAGAUUUUGUUCUCCUGGAUUUUAUUCCCGAGGGCGUGAAUCUGAACCCGAUCAUGCCGGUUCUCGCGCGCGUGUUCGACCAGGCGCUCGAGGGCGGCGGCGCCAAGGGGAUUAAUUUCCAGGAGCUCGCGGCCGAUCUCGCGCAGAUCACCUUCGAGUACCCCUUCCGCAUCCCGCCGUACUUCGCGCUGAUCAUCCGCGCUAUAGGCGUGCUCGAGGGUAUCGCGUUAGUAGGCGACCCGGACUUCGCUAUAGUAGAUGCGGCUUAUCCGUACAUCGCGCAGCGGCUAUUAACGGACCCGUCCCCGCGUCUCCGCGCCGCGUUAAGAUACACCAUAUACGGGCGGUCCGGCGUGUUCGACGCGGACCGCUUUAUCGACGUCAUGGAGGCAUUUGAGACGUUCGCGGCGAACGCUAAGUCGGGGCGGGGCGCGCAAUUCGCGGACUGGGGCGCGGAUGCUGGUGGGGGAGGGGAAGGGGUAGGCGCAGGGAAUGGCGCUGCUGCUAAUGGCGCCGCCGCUGGUGCUGAUGUUGAUGUUGAGGAGGUUGUAAUUGUGAAUGGCAGUGCCACGGAUGUCGCUGUAUCCACAAGUCUCGCUCUCCCUUCCUCUUCCUCCUCCUCUACUUCCCCCUCCUCCUCCCAGCCCCCCCCCCUCUUCCCGCCCUUCCUCCUCCCCUCCUCCCCCUUCGACUCCCUCUUCCCCACCACCGCCAUCGCCUUCCCAGAAGCUUCCCUGCAGCUCUCCGAAGCUGAGCUCAGCUCGGGCAACGCCCGGGCGGCGCUCGCUUUCAUCCUCUCCCCUCGUGGCGCAUUCUUCCGAGACUUCAUCCUCGACGAGGUGGUGAAAGGAGUGGACGCCUUGGCCCGCGAGCAGAUCGCCUCUCUCCUGAACAUCCUCUCCAACCCCACGUCGCCCAGUGCGACCUCGGUGAUAAGGAACACCCCGCUGGCGGGAGCGUUGCCGCUGCUCAUGCUGCUUCCGCCGCUGCCGGGGCAGCAGCAGGUGCAGGAGCUGGUGCACGCGGUAACCCCGCGGGUUACAGACGAGGACCGGGCGGUUCUGGAGAAUCUGCGGAAGGUCGUGGCGUUUCUCAGCCGGGGGAGCGAUAGCAGCAGCAGCAGCAGCAGCAGCAGUGGUUAUUCCACAGACGAGGAAACCAUGUGGGCUGUGGAUGGUGGAAAUUCCCAGCAGUCCCAACAGGGGCCGUUGCUGUCGGUGCUAAGGGACCAGAUGGCUGCUGUGGCUCUGUCUCAGGAGCUGGGCUCUCUGCUUCCCAGCGUGGCCGUGCAGAUUGUGCCCGAGGUUGCAAGCCGGUUGUCGUCUCGUGUGACUGCUAGGUUCAUCCGGGAUGUGUUUCUAGAUGCUUAAAUCUUGAUGUGCUGGUGGUUGUGAAAAAACAGUAUGCGUGUGCAUGUUUUUCCUGCAUUUGUUCUGAACAUAUCUGUUUUCACCUUAAUAUAUUUGGGCUUCAUAU